AUGUUUGACUACUGUAUCGUGGGAGGCGGCAUCGUCGGCUUGGCCACCGCAUUAAAGAUUGUCAAAAGUGAACCGGGUUCUCGUAUUCUUUUGUUGGAGAAAGAAAACUCGCUUGCGGUUCAUCAGACGGGGCAUAAUAGCGGUGUCAUACAUGCUGGAAUUUACUACAAACCGGGAAGCCUAAAGGCUGAACUUUGUCGUUCUGGUGAACACCUAACGAAGCAGUUUUGUGAAGAAAACAGUAUCCCCUACCGUACUCCAGGAAAACUGGUAGUUGCAACAAAUCCACUCGAGUUGCAGCGUCUCGCAGAUCUCGAAAUAAAUGCGGCCGCAAACGGCAUUAACUGUCGCCGGUUAAACAGUCAGGAACUUGUAGAGAUUGAACCAGCCGUAACUGGGCUUGGUGCUUUGCUCGUGGAGCAGAGCGGCAUCGUUGACUAUCGCGCGGUUUCCAGAGCAAUGGGUGAGACGAUCAAGGCCGCAGGCGGCACAAUCAUGUACGACGUAGAAGUCGAUCGCAUCGAAGAGCGUUCAAAUACUGUCCGCAUUCAUACAAACAAGGAAGUAUGGGAAAGCCGCAAUGUCAUCGCCUGCGCUGGGCUACAGGCUGACCGUCUUGCUCAACAAUCGGGACAAAAAGUCGAUUUCCAGAUCGUGCCUUUUCGCGGAGAAUAUUACGCACUGAAGCCAGAAUUAAGCAAUUUGGUCAAUCGGAUGAUUUAUCCCGUGCCCGAUCCAUCAAUGCCAUUUCUGGGCAUCCACCUGACGCCUAUGAUGGAUGGGAGAUUGACUGUGGGUCCAAAUGCGGUCCUUGGCAUGUCCCGCGAGGGCUAUGCAAAAUUCUCGACAAACCUGCGGGAUAUGGCCACUUAUGCAAGGUUUCCGGGCUUUUGGAAGGUGAUCUCAAAUAACCUUAGCUCCGGGCUUCAGGAGAUGAAAGACAGUAUCUUCAAGUCGAGUUAUCUGGAAAAAUGUCGCAAAUACUGCCCGUCGCUACAAGCAAGCGAUCUGCUGCCUUAUCGAGCCGGAAUACGUGCUCAGGCGGUCUCCAAAGAAGGCGUAUUGAUCCACGAUUUCAAAUUCUUGCAGUCCAAGCGUGUUCUGCAUGUCUGCAAUGCCCCCUCGCCGGCAGCUACAUCGGCAAUUCCGAUCGGCGAUCUGAUCUUCAAACGUUUACAACAAAACAAUUGA